GCAAGAUCAUCAACACCACAUUGCAGGAGAUAUAUAGCCUCGCCUGACAUGGCAUCCAAAACCGUCGAGAUCCACCGUGUUGGCGCGGAGGUAUUCCGCGGCGACGACGCCGUGUGCAGGAAGAAGUCGGUGGAGGUGCUGGCGGAGCUGGGCCUCCCGACGGGCCUGCUGCCCCUGGAGGAUAUGGAGGAGUUCGGGUACAACCGCGUGGCCGGCUUCAUGUGGCUGGUGCAGAGGAAGAAGACGGAGCACACCUUCAAGAAGGUGAAGCAGACCGUGUCAUACGCCGGGGAGGUGACGGCCUUCGUCGACCCGGGGAAGCUGAGGAAGAUCACCGGCGUGAAGACCAAGGAGCUGUUCCUGUGGCUCAGCGUGGUGGAGGUGUCUGUUGUUGAGAGCGUGACGGCCCCUGGUAAGGUCACCUUCAAGACCGGCACUGGUCUGUCCGAUACCUUUGAUGCAGCUGCUUUUGCGCUUGGGGAAUGA